UUUAAAUCACAUGCUGCUGUCAGCCUUCGCUACCUCAGAGCUCGGAAAGGGAGAGAAAAAAACCCCAGCUGAUUCACGCCAUUGAUUUAAAAUAAAUAAAUAAAAACUAAACAAAACAAACAGUAGCUUUCUUCAGCGAUGUCUUUUAUAACAGAUGACCAAAUUCAAAAGUACCGGCAGGAUGGGUACCUGGUGCUGGAGGGGUUCUUUAGCCCAGAGGAGUGCGAUACCUUGCUGGAGCGGAUGGCGGUGAUCGUGGAGAGAAUGGAUGUGCCGCUCCAUUGCCGAACGGAGUUCUGCACUGAACAGGAGGAGCAGCUAAAGGCUCAGGGCAGCGCAGAUUAUUUCAUUUCAAGUGGAGACAAGAUCCGCUUCUUCUUCGAGAAAGGAGUUUUUGACAGUCAAGGUGACUUUCUGGUGCCAAGAGAGCGUUCAGUGAAUAAAAUUGGACAUGCUCUUCAUGCCUAUGAGCCUGUUUUUAAAAAUGCCACACAUUCUCCAAAAGUCCAGGAAUUGUCCAGAAAGCUGGACUUCAAGCAGCCAGUAGUGGUUCAGAGCAUGUACAUCUUUAAGCAACCUGGAAUUGGUGGUGAAGUGACCCCUCACCAGGAUGCCACGUUCUUGUACACUGAGCCCCUGGGCAGCGUGAUGGGAGUCUGGAUCGCUCUGGAAGAUGCCACCGAGGAGAACGGCUGCCUGUGGUUCAUCCCAGGGUCUCACAAAACUGGGAUUACCCGGAGGAUGGCCCGCACCCCUGAAGGUACCUUCCCUCGCACGCAGUUCAUCGGCUCAGAGGGAACCUAUGCAGAUGAGAAGUUUGUCAAGGCUCCGGUAAACAAAGGUGGCCUGAUCCUCAUCCACGGGGAAGUGGUCCAUCGCAGCGCAAUGAACUCCUCCAGUCGCUCCCGGCAGGUCUACACCUUCCACAUCAUGGAGUCAGAAAACACACGCUGGAGUGCGGAGAACUGGUUACAGCCAACCCAGGAGCUCCCUUUCCCUUCCCUCUACACCUAAACCUUCCCAGCAGUUACAGCGAAAGCAAUGCAGUUCCUACCGGGCAUCGUGGAACCCCUUACAUAAACUCUGACAUAAUGAUUUCUGGGGUUCCAAUAUGUUUAUUAUUUUGAAUUUUAAAAAAAGGUUUCAGCCUGGGCUUGCUCAUACAAACAGAGCAGGGCAAAACCAGGUCCUAUUGUAUUAUACCCAGCAAUAAUAUAUCAGCAUCUUUAAUAUAGUUCCAGGAUACAGUUGGCUAAAGCUGGACUGGGGGAAGAGAAAAUAUUAAUAAUAUCUCAUCUUGUCAUAUACACAAAUAAUUGGUCAGCAAGGUCUAAUGCAGAUUUACCCCACCGUGCAGGAUCCACAUCAGACACUGUGUACAAGUGUUUCUUAUCUGCCCAAUGCCCAUUAUUAUUAUAAUUAAAUGUAACUUUUCUACACCGACUAGAUUUUUUAAAUCUCUGUUCUCUCUGUACCUCAAUCUCUUGCACAUUGAAAUAAACAUGCACUGCUUCAUUGUAAAUUGUUAAUUUU